AUUUACUAAUACUUGAACACUCAAGAAUAUGCAUGUUCAAUUAAAGUGUUCCUAAACCCAGGACCCUGCAUUCACUAUAUCUGGUCUCCCAGGACUCUGCAUUCACUAUAUCUGGUCUCCCCGGACCCUGAAUUCACUAUAUCUGGUCUCCCCGGACAAUGCAUUCACUAUAUAUCUGGUCUCCCAGGACCCUGCAUUCACUAUAUCAUGGUCUCCCCAGACCCUGCAUUCACUAUAUCUGGUCUCCCUGGACCCUGGUCAUUCACUAU